GUUACGACUAGUCCAUGCGUUCGUGAUGUAAGAAGCAUAAGAAGCAUAGGAGCAUCUGCGUCAGCGGGAAAAGCCAUAUGGUGCGUCGAGAUAGAAGCUGUGCUAUGCGCAACGUAAGCUCGCAAACUCCUUGCUGCGCUCGGACAAGUGCUUGCUUCCGAUUGUAUUUCUUGACAGGGCUGCUGACAGACCCUUGGCGAAGCGCAGUGGACUCCAUGCGGCUGGCAGCUCAGCGAUUCUUCCGGCAUUGAGAAGCAUGGCUGUCAUACCAUAUAAGAUGGCAGGCCUCCUACAUCCGCCAUCGUUGAGACUCGUCGACUUGUGGAGACAAACUCACGAUGUUGUCCCAGUUCUGGGGUUUCUCGAUCCUCGGCGCUUUAUCACUGCAAGCAUUCGCCGGCCAAAUCCCUGUCAUAGACGGCAUCAUUGGCGGCGUGUCGUCUUCGGAAUCAACUCUGCGCGUUGAUGCAGCUGCCAGCCCUGCGGCCACAACCCCUGGCAAGCUCAGGGUGAUCGAAAACAGUGGCGUCUGCGAAACGACCCCCGGAGUAUACCAGGCAUCGGGUUACGGAGACCUUACCUCGUCCGAAAGCAUCUGGUUCUGGUUCUUCGAGGCACGCCAGAACUCAGGCACGGCACCGCUCGCGAUCUGGUUAAACGGCGGACCUGGCAGCUCAAGUAUGCUCGGGCUGUUUCAGGAGAACGGACCAUGUCGUAUCAGCAACGACAGUGAGAGUGUCAGCCUCAAUCCGAAUUCGUGGAACAACGUAGCGAACAUACUCUACAUUGAUCAACCCGUCGGUGUCGGUUUCUCCUACGGAACUACUACCGUCGGCACGUCGCAGCAAGCUGCGUCCGAUAUCUGGAAUUUCCUGCAGAUCUGGUUCGCUGAUUCGCGCUUCAGCAAGUAUGCUACGAGAGAAUUUGCCGUUUGGACUGAAUCUUACGGAGGACACUACGGCCCAACCUUCGCUGCCUACUUUCUGCAGCAGAAUGCGGCCAUCGCGGCCGGCACGCUGCAGGGCGUCUCGAUCAAUUUGAAGGUUCUGGGUGUUGGUGAUGGGCUCACGGAUCCUUUGUCGCAGUACCCCGGGUAUCUCACUUAUGCAGCGUCAAAUCCGUACCACCCUCUAGUGUCCUCGUCCACUCUAAGCACCGCGAACAACUCUUUUUAUCGCUCAGGAGGUUGUCGCGACCAGAUUCAGUCCUGCUAUGACACCGGCUCUACCAAGACGUGCUCCAACGCUCAGUCGUUCUGCAACAACGACAUUCUCAGUCCGCUUGCUGGAGACUAUGACGUGUACUAUGUGCUGGCAACGAACCCAGAUCCGUACCCUCCGGAUCUGACCCCUUAUCUGACAAACUCCACGCUCGUGUCGAAAAUUGGUGCCAAUAGCACAUGGCAGCAGACCAGCGACCAAGUAUACAAUAAUUUCGCGAAGACCGGCGACUGGAUGCAUAAUUCGGCGCCGGACCUGGAGACGGUUAUCAACUCUGGAGUCAGAACCAUUAUCUACGAUGGGGACGCGGAUUACAUCCUGAAUUUCAAUGGAGUCGAAGCCAUGAUCAACAAUCUCAAGACGCAGUUCUCGACAGAGUUCGCGCAGACCGCCUUCUCUAAUUUCACGGUCGCGGGCCAAGCUGCUGGAAUUUAUAAGAACGCCGGCACCUUCUCAUACGUCCGUAUAUUUGGCGCGGGGCAUGAAGUUCCUGCGUACACUCAUGGAACACUAAGCCGCGGACAAGCUGCGCUGCAAUUCUUCUCACAAAUCAUGAGCGGCCAUGGUCUCUCCUCGACGUGAAAUUUUCAGUGGUCGCAAUGCACAGCUCGAAUUAGAUUAUGUCCGUUGUCGCUGUCGUGGCAAUAUCUACCCCCAGUGUGUAACUCUCAGCCGUUGAAUUUGACUAGCCUGCACCUCG